AUGUCUUCUCGGUCUGGAACGACUUUGUAUGUUACCGGGUUCGGCCAUGGCACCCGUGCUCGCGAUCUUGCCUACGAAUUCGAACGUUAUGGGCGUCUUGUUCGCUGUGAUAUCCCUGCUCCGCGCACUCCCUCCAGCCGACUUUUUGCCUUUGUUGAAUACGAGAGUCGCCGCGAUGCCGAUGAUGCCUACCAUGAGAUGCACAAUAAGCGCAUCGGCCGUGAUGAUUUACUGAAGAUCGAGUGGGCCCGUACCCCUCCCUCUGCCUCCUGGCGCUUUGACUCUGGCUCUGGCCGCGAUGCUGGCCGCGAUGCUGGCCGCGACCGCCGCCGUGAUCGCACUCCCCCUCGCCGUGGUCGCUCUCCAUCCCCUCGUCGCAGCCGUGGUGGCGACUACUCCCCUCGCCGAGACGAUCGCCCGGAUGACCGUGAACGAGAUGGCAAGGAUGACCGUGAAAGACGUGAUGAUGAUCGGGAGCGUCGUGAGGAGGACCGUGAGAAUGGACCCAACGGUGAAGACAGGAAAGUACCCCUGGACCCAAUGCCCUCUGCUCAUGAUGAGCUUGAUACUGCUGAGUAG